GCAAUGGAGGCACCUGAGACGAUCCUGGCAGAAGUUGGCAUCACCUUUGAGGAGGCUGAGGAUCUUAAAGAGAUCAGCUUUAAGAGUUCCAUCCGAGAGCAGAAAUUGAUGGACAUGAAACACUUGGAAGUGGAAAGUGACAUCUUGAGAGGUAUCAGCCUGCGUCGAACGUUGAGGAGCUUCGGAGCGGUUUGGAUGAAAUCUGCUCAAGACCUUUCUCCUGAUCAAAGGAUAGAACGUUGGCAGAAAUCCGUCAAAGUGGAUCGCUUCGACCUCUUCCUAUCGCACACCUGGAGAACAGAAGGGCGUUGGAAAUUCCUGUCGCUGCUGAUGCAGUCCAGUUGGCAAUUCUUCCUUGUGGGCUGGAUGCUAGGGAUCCUGGCCUCCUUGCCCUUCCACCUGUCAGAUGAAACGCCCAGUCUGUUCAACUACGACUGCGAGAGUAUUGACUACGAAAGCAGCUGCUCUUUUCGCAUCUACGGCCACUACUUCGGCCUCAUCGGUUGGAUCCUGGCUCUGCUUGUGGCCCCCUACUGGCCAGGUCACAGGACGUGCUUUCUGGAUGUGGUCAGCAUCAACCAGGCGGAUGAACACCAGAUGGAAGAGGGAAUUUAUUCCAUUGGAGGCUUUCUGGCAGUCUCUUCCGAAUUGCAGAUCUUAUGGGACCGGCCGUACUUUGGAAGGCUCUGGUGUGUCUUUGAGUUGGCGGCCUUCCGCACCUGCAACCCGCGGGGGAAGAUCAGUCUGACGCCGCUCUUCUUGGAAGCGGGGCUCGCUUUGGGCCUAGCGAUGAUCUAUCUGCACACCACCCUCAACUGGACCCUUCGCAAAAUGGGCUGGCCGUUGGAACUGUCGAUGUUGCUGCGGCUCUGCGCCUUGCACCCCUUUUUCCACUAUUGCCGCAGGAUGCUUCAUGAAAAACGUCAGAUGAUCUGCGACCUGCGACAUUUCCAGUUUGCGCAAGUGGAAUGUGGCAGCGACUUCGACCGAGAUUUCAUUCACGCAGGGAUUCGCGCAUGGUAUGGCAGCUCAGAAGCCUUCACAAGCUACGUGAGGGGUCCGCUGGCAGAGGAAUUGGCUGAACCGUUUUCCCGAUUUCGCGUGCCCAGGGCAUACUGGGCCGUGCUUGCCGCGCCCUUGGCGAGUUGGGAAUUGUGUUGGGUCUUUGCGAUCACACAGUCUGGAGCACCCAUCCCAGCCGUGCUGUGGGUGUUUCGUAGGCGAGUGGCCAUCUUGUCGUUGGAUUUGAUUGCCAUCAAAUUGAUGGUUGUGGUUUGCGAUUAUUUUGCACAGCCUUCCCGCCUGAAUUGUGUUAAGACAUCAUGCAUUUGGGCAGGGCUGGCUCUGUUUCUUUUCAUCCUCUGGCAGUCCUGGUUUCUGUUGGACGCUGCAGGUUUCAUCAGUGCAUCUGUUGCUAGUUCAAUUAUUGUCGUGACAGCAGUUAUUUUCGUGGGAGAGGUGUGGGUCGACUUGACCUCGCUCUGCCGGGGUCGAGUUGACCCUGGUUGA